UGAUUUCAUUUCAGCCAGCUUGGACUCGUUGGCUUCGGGAUAGGCCGUAAAAACCACCCAACAAGGCGUUGUGGGGGAAAUACCGAGCCGAACCGAGAUUAAAUAAAGCUUUAGUUCAGUUUUAGGUGGAGAUAGAUUCUGAGAAAUGAGGGGAAGUCGACGGAAGUGGAAAAGGCUUCGCAUUUUUACGGUUUAAUUUGGUGGCUGACGUCGAUCGGAGCGUAAUGAGCAGAGUUGGAGAAAGAAGGAGCUGAGCAGCUUUUUUUUCCUCCCUUCCUCUGCUGAUCAGACAACUUGGACCGGACUGAACUGCGCUGUGAUCCGGGUGCAAACUAUGGACAGGAAGCUCUGAAGUUCCAGCGGCCGGGGCCUGGGGCUUGGAGGAGGGUUCAGGAGGUCCAUGCCCGACCCCCACAGCUGAGGCCCGAGCAAGAUGACUCAGCACCCGGGGGGCCCCCCAAACAACAAGUGAAGAGACGUAAGGAUGGGGGCCAAUGGAUCCAGUUAUCCACAUUCCUGCUCCCCGCGCAUCGGGGGAAACAUGCAGUCGCAGCAGACCUUUAUAGGAACGUCUUCGUACUCCCAACAGGGUUAUGGCUGGGAGUCCAAGCUGUACAGCCUGGAGCACGGCCAUGAGCGACCGGCGGACAGGAAGAAGAAGAGCCUGGGUCUGGCGACGCUCAAACGGCGGUUUAUCAAAAGGAGGAAGUCCAGCCGCUCAGCGGACCACGCCCGACAGAUGCGGGAGCUCCUGUCCGGUUGGGACGUCCGCGACACCAACGCCCUGGUGGAGGAGUAUGAGGGAACCGCCGCCCUCAAGGAGCUAAGCUUCCAGGCCAGCCUGGCCCGCGCCGAGGCCCCCAGCCUGCAGCGCGACCUGGCCGCGCUCUAUCAGCACAAGUACUGCACUGACGUGGAUCUCAUCUUCCAGGGAACCUGCUUCCCGGCUCACCGCGCCAUCCUGGCCGCCCGCUGCCCCUUCUUCAAGAACCUGCUGUCCUCUUCUCCUGGUUAUGGUGCCGAGGUCCUCAUGGAUGUCGACACGGCCGGCAUUGACGUGCCCAUGUUCUCCACUCUGCUUCAUUACCUGUACACGGGGGAGUUCGGGGUGGGCGGAGCCGAGGACAGCCGGCUGCAGAACGUGGACAUGCUGGUUCAGCUCAGCGAGGAGUUCGGUACGCCCAACUCCCUGGAAGCGGAUAUGAAGGGCUUGUUUGACUACAUGUGCUACUACGACGCUCUGCUCAGCUUCUCCUCUGACUCUGAGAUGAUCGACGGCUCCAACGAGAGAGGGGCGGUCGCCGCGGUGCCAAUGGGCUCAGGAGGCGGCGUCGGUGGCGGGGCGACCCCAGAGGAGGACCUCAGGGCCCACAAGGCCAUCCUCUCUGCGCGCUCGCCGUUCUUCAGGAACCUUUUACAGAGGCGCAUUCGCACGGGGGAGGAAAUGACGGAGCGCACGCUGCAGACGCCCACCAGGAUAGUUUUGGACGAGUCCAUCAUCCCACGGAAAUACGUGCAGGUCAUCCUCCACUGCAUGUACACGGACGUGGUGGACCUGGGGCUGGUGCUGCGCGGCAGCCCGUCGUCGUGCAGUUUGGGCGAGGUGCAGGCCCUCGUUUCAGGGUGCAGGGGGGCAAGCACGCGCACGGAGGAGGCCAUGGAGCUCUACCACAUCGCACUGUUUCUGGAGUUCAGCAUGUUGGCUCAAGGGUGCGAGGACAUCGUUGUGGAAAGUUUGUCCCUGGACUCUCUGGUCCCCAUCCUGAAGUGGAGCUCCCAGCCGUACGGCUCCAAGUGGGUUCACAGGCAGGCCAUGCACUUCCUGUGUGAGGAGUUCAGCCAGGUGGUGACCUCUGAUGUCCUGUACGAGCUCGGCAAAGAGCACCUUCUCAACGCCAUUCAGUCCGACUACCUGCAGGCGAGUGAACAGGACAUUCUGAAGUAUGUCGUAAAGUGGGGCGAGCAGCAGCUGAUUAAGAGGAUGGCAGACAGGGAGCCCAACCUACUGAGCGGCACAGCCCACAGCGUCAACAAGAGAGGCGUGAAAAGGCGAGACCUGGACGUGGAGGAGCUGAGGGAGAUCCUUUCUCCACUCCUGCCCUUCAUUCGGACGGAGCACAUCCUGCCUCCCAACAGUGACGUCCUCGCCGACGCUCUGAAGAGGGGUUUGAUCAGCACCCCUCCAUCAGACAUGCUGCCCACAGCCGAGGGGGGCAAGGCCAACGCCUGGCUGCGGCAGAAGAAUGCAGGGAUCUACGUCCGUCCGCGCCUCUUCUCUCCUUAUGUGGAGGAAGCCAAGUCUGUGCUUGAUGAGAUGAUGGUGGAGCAGACGGACCUGGUGCGUCUGAGACUGGUGCGCAUGUCCAACGUCCCUGACACUCUCUACAUGGUGAACAACGCCGUGCCUCAGUGCUGUCACAUGAUCAACCACCAGCAAAUGGCGGGCAGCUCCAGCACGGCUCCCUCCGUUGUGGCCAACGAAAUACCAGUGCCUCCUCUGUCUGUGGUGAAGGAUAUGAUCUGCAGGCUGCAUGAGCUGAGGCACACAGAGCAGGUCCAGCGGGCCUACGCCUUGAACUGUGGCGAGGGAGCCACGGUCAGCUACGAGCUGCAGCUGAGGGUGCUGAGGGAGUUUGGCCUUGCAGAUGGAGCCACGGAGCUGCUGCAGAACCCAUCCAAGUUCUUCCCAGAUGAGCGUUUUGGAGACGAGAGUCCGAUUCUGGCCCUGCGUCAAGUGGGCCGUUGCCGGGUCAACAGUAGUCCGGCUAUGGACAGCAUGAUAAUGGACCUGGAAGGAGUGGCAGGCUUCCACCCUCCGCUGCCUCCUCCGCCUCCUCCCUACCACCCUCCCGCCACGCCCAGCCACGCCCAGGUCAAAGGGGGCUGGCGACCCCGGGUUCCCAUGCCGACCCCGACCCGCUCCUUCUCCUACCCCUGCAACCGGACCCUGAUCCAGCGCCACGCUGCUUCCAAACAUGGCAGUUCAGAGUACUCCUCGGCACCCAGAUCCCAGCCUCCAGACUGCACCAACCCCCAGGCUAUGGGCCGACCUCUGCUGUCAAACCAGCAGGCGAUGGGGGUGGAGCCGAUGAUGAGGGAGUUCAUGCCGGACAUCGCGCUCGGCGUCUCGGUCAUGUCUCUGAGGGAGCAGCACAUGGCCGACAUGGAUGGCGAAGGCCCUCACAGCCCCAUGGGCCCUUCAGGCCACCACCUGCCCUGCUCUGCUGCGCGCCUCAGCCACGGUUACGGCCCUGGACACGGCCACUCCUGCAAGAGGCACGCUCCAGAACCCAAGCUGGAGGCCCAAGCGGAGUUCCCCGACCUGUACGACUUCUCCUGCAGACCCGUGACCCCGACCUCCGCCCAUCCUCUGCCCGCUUUCGCAGGACCGGAUCUCUACAGCCACAGCUGCACGCAGUCCAGCUCCUACCCCCCUCCUUACGUUUCUAACUGCCAGAGCCACGGCCACCUGCAGGGACGGACCGCCCCGGACCCGCUGCGACUGGACGUCCUCAGCUUAAAAUCCCAGAGACACGACGGCGUCCUCUCCAGUCCGUCUGGACCGCAGCCAAGGGCGGGUCCGUUCCCGAAGGGGCGGCCAAAUGAGACGGACCUCACCCACGGUUUGGGUCAUCUACGCUCCCCCAGUGGGAACAUGGACUGCUACGAAGAGAGACCCAGAGACGCUCCAGAGGAGAUGGUUCUGGGCGGAGAUCCGUCGGGUCCGGUUCCGCUCCAGCAGUCUCACAGUGUAGGCGAAGAACUCCUCAGAGACCGCAGAUCGCCCAGCAAACCGGACUACCCCUAUAAGAAAUCUGCACUUUAACCCCAGUUCAGGAGCCGGGGUUGAGUUGAAGGGAAAAGGGAAAAAUGCGAUGAGCACUAAGUGUGUGUGUGUGCGUGUGUGGGUGUGUGGGUGUGUGUGUACAAGAGUCAGAGAAAAGGGUUGUAGCUAGAGCUGGGCGAUUGCUUUUCAUUUUUACCACUUUUAUUUCAAAAUACGCAUUUUCUGUCAUCGGAAUAAAAAAAAUCAGAAUCUGGUCCUAAUAUUUUGUUGUAGAGUUGAUCUGAAUUCAAAAUCUAAAUAAAUAGAAGCUGUAAAACACGCUCGUCAAACAAGAUGGUGGCCUGGGGCGUGCUAACAUCUAAACUAUGGAAACCCAACAAGCACAUUGGUAAUAAAAAUCAAAUAAUUUUCCAAAAAUUAAAUCUUCAAAAGCGUAAUAAAUUAAUCGCCCAGCUCUAGCUGUAGCUGCUUCUGUCCUACCUCUACAGCGCUGCGCUCUCAUCACACAGAGUUUAGACAGGAAGCCGCUCUGCUCCCGGCUUCAUGCGGAUUUCCGCAAAUAUUCUCUCGAUUUUGGUCAGCUUGAGGUCUGCAGGAGACGCACCGAUCAGCGGAAACAUUUAAUCUGAGUUUAUGAGCCAGAGUAACAGCAGCACACGGACUCGGAGGAAGUGAUGCAACAAAACGUAGAGUUAGAACAUAGAUCCGCUCUGCUGGUUUCUCCUUCAUGUAGCAUUUCUGACGACACGUCCUCACCCCGAUCAUCUCUGACAGGAAGUACACUGCAAAAACACAACAUCUCACCAAGUAAUUUUUGGUCUAGUUUUUACUGCAAAUAUCUUAGUACACUUGCAAUGAGACACAAACUAACUUACAAAUAACCUUUCGGCAAGAUAUAUGAGCUUAUUUAAGCUAAUAAUUUAUUAACAUCAAUUUUAGAAAGUACUUG